AUGUCAGUAAUCGACGAACCACCCAAGACGUUCAAAGAAGCAAUGGAAAGGCCAGAUUUUCACCUCUGGUUAGCUGCGAUGAUCGACAAAAUCAACUCAAUUACCAAACACGGAGUCUGGAAACAAGCAAAUUGUCCAACAGAUAAGAAUGUUGUGGAAUGUCGAUGGGUUCUCACAUAUAAACGUGGACCCAAUGGCAAAAUCCUCCUUCAACUCAACAUCAAGACUGCGUUCUUACAUGGCGAUUUAGACGAGGAGAUAUAUAUGGAGCAGCCUGAGGGGUUUCGCGACAAUGAUAAGUCAGUAUGGCAACUCGUGAAGGCAUUAUACGGGUUGAAACAAGCGGCAAGAGCGUUUUACCUACGUUUGCGCGAGGUACUCACGAGAAUUGGAUUCACCCAAUGCGAGACCGACCACGCCGUUUUUUGGCAAAGGGAAGACAAUAAACUAGCAAUAAUAUUAGCGCACGUCGACGAUAUGUUGCUUGCAGGCACACCAAGAUCAUACCUUGAAGACAUAAAGGUCGAUUUGGCUAAAUCUUUCGACAUAGUGGAUCUAGGGGAGGCACAAAUGUUUGUCGGAGUCAAGAUAACGAGGGAUUGA